GCUAUAAUUUCUUUAGUUAUAAUAACUUUCCAAAUUUUUCUCUAUUUAUGGAAUAAAAGAAAUUGGUACUGGGCAUCAAGAAAAUUCAAUGGUCCACUAGCGUUACCACUUAUAGGCAAUGCCUGGCUAUUUUUAUGCAAGAAUGAAGAAAUCCUAAUGAGAAUUUAUCAUUUAACCAAAAAGUACAAUAACGACAAACCUAUCCGAUUUUGGCUUGGCCCAAUACUGAUAAUUAUUCUAAUGAAUCCAGAUCAUGUUGAGAAAAUCCUGUCUUCAUCCAAGUUUGCUCAAAAGCACGACAUAUACGAAUUUAUAAAAAUAUACUUGGGCGAAGGACUAAUUAGUGGAUCAGGUCCUACACAUAAACCACAUAGAAGAAUCAUUCAACCAAUGUUCAACUUAAAUUUCGUUAACGAAAGUUCAGUUUUUGUUCAAAAACAUGUUGAUUUGUGUAUGAAGAAACUGGAAGCUUUUGUGAAUAAGGGCACAUUUGAUUUUCACGAAGUUAUUCAUAAAUGUAUGAUUGAUAUGAUUAAAGAAAUUAUACUAGGGUCUUGUGAAAGAAGUCAAAUUAAUAAUAGAUUAAGCGAUUUUGAUCAAGCCAUGAUUGAUGUCUAUAAUUUUGGAUUUUCACGAAUGGCCAAACCAUAUCUUCAACCAGAUAUUAUUUAUAACUUAACGCCAUAUAAGAGAAGACAGGAUGAAUUACAAAAUAUUCUAAAGAAUGAAGUGAAACUAAUGAUUGAGUUCUCACAUAAACGAAGAAAAGAAUUAAAAAUAUCAAACGAAUUUUAUCCAAUAAUUGAUAGAUUAUUAGACUUUGUAGAGGAAAAUCCUGGAAUUAUAAGCCAAGAAGUGCUUGCUGAUCAUUUACUAACUUUAUAUGCGGCCUCUGAGGAUACCAUCACAGUUAUAUCUGGAUUUGUAUCCAUGUGCCUGGGAAUGUAUCCAAAAUAUCAAGAAAAAGCUGCAAAGGAAAUAAGGGAAAUUUUUGGAGAAACUCCUAGACCCGUUACAAUGCAGGAUAUUAACAAGUUAAAUUACUUGGAUAUGUGCAUUAAAGAUACUUUAAGAUUAUUUCCUAUUGCCCCAGUGAUUUUGCGAAAAUGUACAGAUGAUUUUAAGUUGGAAAAUUGCUCGAUUCCUAAAGAUUGCGCAAUUGCCAUGCCUAUAUUCACUAUUCACAGAAAUAGAAAAUAUUGGGAAAAUCCAGAUCAUUUCCAUCCAGACCAUUUUUUGCCAGAAGUCGUUAGCAAAAGACACAUCUAUGCAUAUCUUCCUUUUAGUGCUGGCUCAAGAGGCUGCAUUGGCAAAACUCUAGCAAACACUGCAUUGAAAAUAUUCAUUUGUAAUUUGCUUCAACGAUUUGAAAUCGAAGCAGAUGGAAAAGUGCCCGAUUUAGAAUUGAGAAUGGAUAUUUCAACUAGGCCAAAGCAAGGAUAUUUUCUCAGGCUCAAAGAACGAGUGUGGGUUUAA